AUGACCGUCGCCUCUUCUCUCGCUCUUGUUACUGGAUCAACUCAAGGCAUCGGUCUUGCAGUCGCCAAAGAACUUGCUACCAAGCACAACUACCAUGUCCUUCUCGGUGUCCGCAACACCAAAGCCGGUGAACAGAUCGCCUCUGAUCUUCGCAGCGAGGGACACAAAGUAGAUGUCGUCGAACUCGACCUCACUUCCUCUGAGUCUAUCGAUAAAGCAGUUGCGCACAUCGAGCAGAAAUAUGGCUACCUUGAUGUUUUGAUCAACAACGCUGGUGUCUUGCUUGAUUGGGACAAGGACCUGACCACUUGGGAUAUCUACCAUAAAACGUUCACCACCAAUGUCAUCGGAACAGGCUGUCUGACAAAGGGCCUCCUUCCCCUUCUCCGCCAAGCGAAAACAAACCCACCUCGAAUCAUAUUCGUCACGAGCGUCAUGGGUAGUCUCGAAAAAGCCACCGACGAAAGUCUUUUUUACUACAACAUCGACUACAAAGUGUAUGACGCAAGCAAAGCAGCUGUUAAUAUGCUCAUGUUCAACUUUGCCCGCGAAAUGGAUGACGUUGGUGGAAAAGUCAACUCUGUGUGCCCUGGCUUGGUAAAGACAGGGUUGUCUGGCUACCAUGAAAUGGGAACGGCUCCCGAGGUUGGGGCUGAGAGGAUUGUGGAGUUGGCUACUACUACGGACAAAAAAGGGCCCCAUAAGACUAUUAGCAAUAGCAAUGGAGAGUUACCUAGGUAG